GUGCGAGACUCCCGUUGGUGUGAUGUGAUCACGUGGUGAUACACGCUACCGCCACCAACGCCAGCAUAAACCGAGAGAUUCGAGGUGUGAAACCCGGCAACGGAAUCGACCACACGACUACGUCUUAAAGGAUCCAAUUUGGAAGACCCUGGCUGUAAAGAGAUACCAUGAACAUCACAUCCAGUCAAGCUGACACUGGGCUUUGCAUCGAUUGCAAAGCCAUCAAUUUCGAUGAGGUGUUUUCAGACGAUUACAUGCUAGGUAUUCCAAUCGACGGCUACCGUGCUGUGUGUUCUUUACGCCACAUUGAUGGCAUCGGGAACGAAUCUUGUCCUCUGUGCGAAUUUUUUCCGAAGCUUAAGACCUACGAAUCCAUCCUCCGACCACUUAUUCCUCCGUGUGAGAUGGGCCAAAUCUUGGAUUCGUUACAAGGAGGACCUGGCGAAUAUUGACCUUGACACCCAGACGGCAUUGCGAAUAGUACCUCAUGACACUCUGCUCCUGGACAUAAAUGUAAACGCGCCCCUCCACGCCCAAGACAAUCAGUUCAUGGAACAAGGCAACGAAGACUCAAACAAUAAAAUAGCCGCCCGGAGAGUUGACGAUCGAGUAAACUUCAAACUCAUUAGGUCGUGGCUGAGAUUUUGCCGUCAGCAUCACCAGAGCCACUGCCACGCAGGUUUAGAUGGCAUUCGGGAUAUUCCUGGGUUCCGUGUUAUUGACUGCGCAUCUCGAAAGAUCAUGCCUUGGGCAGAGAUACCCGAAGACCAUGAUCGAAGUUAUACGGCGCUUAGUUAUCUUUGGGGAACCGAUACGUCCACAGCAACGCAAGACGGCAAGAUUCCUUCGCCAUCCCCCAAAGUAAUUGAGGACGCAGUCACGACAACCAUCGAGCUGGGCUUCAAGUACCUAUGGGUCGAUAGGUACUGUAUUACACAGCAUGAGUCCGAGCUCAAAGCUGCACAGAUGAAGAGAAUGGACGAUGUGUAUGGAUCUUCUGCUGUCACCAUAAUUGCUUCAGCUGGCGACGGUCCAGCCUAUGGACUUCCAGAAGUCAGCUCAACGCCCAGAGUGCCACAGAAGUCAGUCCGCGUUGGUUCGCGAACUCUUAUUGCAAUCAACAAUGAUAUCUGCAAGAAGAUUCGCGACUCAAAAUGGAAUACCCGAGCAUGGACUCUCCAAGAAGGCCUUUUGUCCACCCGUCGUCUUUGCUUUGAGGACAAUCAAGUUUAUUUCCAGUGCAACCUGAUGCAUCGCCUCGAGAGCAUUUCCAUACCGCCUGGGACUCCAAAAACAGCGAACCCUGCCACGGAUAUCAACACCUCGUACCUUCAUGGUAGUGGUAAUAGAACUUCCCUUUUCCCAAUCAACGGAAUUCGUGAAGGGGGAUAUGUGGUUAACGCCUUCCGGAGAUACGUCACUCGACACAUUAACUACCCAAGCGAUGGCCUUCAAGCUUUUGAAGGGAUUCUAAGGAAAGCAGCUAUGAUGAGAGAUCCUCUUUACAACGUCUGUGGUGUGUUCAUCCGGGUUUUCGAGAAGAUCGAUAUGACAGCGAGUCUGGUUGUCGGCCUAUGUUGGAGAGUUAACCUGGUAGUGUCUCGUGAGAUGAGGGUUAUAAAAGCUUGGGAGAUAUCCUAUCCGGGACCACUAAGACAUCGUCUCUUCCCGAGUUGGUCGUGGGUAGAUUUGGUAGGGAAAUCCACUAAAAAGGGCAUCACUUUCCGGCAGCCUUGGGAGCUAUCGGGACCAUUGUUGGCUUCCUUGUCCAAAUAUAAGACGCAACCUCUGACCCAGAGCAUCGCCAUGGAAUAUGUGGAUGGAACCACAGUUUUAUGGGAAAGCAGAUACCAAGAUAUCCUCCUCUCAGCUAUGACGAAGGAAGCACCGCGUACCUUACGCAUACAUGGCUAUACGUCUGAUGUAUUACUCUGGAAGCUUCCUAAAGUCGGCUGCCCAGAUACAAAAGGACCUCCUUCAUCAAAAUCAGUCGCUCCUCCCUGCGGGAAUUAUCGGACUUCUGGUUCAACGAUGGAUGGAUUUGGUCAGACUGAGAUCGCAGUCACUGUCACUUCUUACUCACGUGGCCGGCGGGGAUAAAGUAC